AUGGGUUCAAAUCCGCUCUCUUUCUCGCGCCCGCCGCAGAAGCUGGUCUUUCAGGGUCUGCUCUUCGAUAUGGAUGGGACCCUGAUCGAUUCAACGGCCGCUGUAGAACAGCAUUGGCACAGCAUUGGGAAAGAACUCGGCGUGGAUCCCAAGGUGAUCCUGCAAACCUCCCACGGCAGACGCACCAUCGACGUGCUCAAGCUGAUUAGUCCGGAAAAGGCGAACUGGGAAUACGUCAAACACAUGGAGAGCUUGAUCCCUCAACUCUACGGCGCCGAUGCCGUCGAGAUCCCCGGCGCGCGCAACCUGCUCGACUCCCUCGACGCUCACCACGUCCCCUGGGCCAUCGUGACAUCCGGCACCUCGCCCCUCGUAGCCGGCUGGCUAGGCGUCCUCAAGCUACCAACCCCGAAGCACCUCGUGGUAGCCGAGGACGUGGUGAAGGGCAAGCCCGACCCGACCUGCUACGCGAUGGGGCGUGGAAAGCUGGGUCUCGAGGUCGGCGCUGACGUGCUGGUGCUGGAGGAUAGUCCGGCGGGCAUUCAGGCCGGUAAGGCGGCGGGGUGCAAGGUGUUGGGUGUCGUGACGUCGCAUACGGCGGAGCAGAUCGUGGCUGCGGGGCCGGAUUGGAUAGUUAGGGAUUUGAGGAGUCUGAAGUUGGUAGUUGGUUCGGAGAAGGGUGUGGAGUUGGAGAUUUCGGAUGCGUUGGAUGUCUAG